GUCGUCGCGUUACCAUCGCAAUUGUCUUUUGUUUAAUAAAGGAGAGGAGAUUCGGUUGUUAUUAUCUUUGGUGGUUGCCAAGGUGAUUUAUUCUCUCUGUGAUUUUUGUUUUAAGUGAGUUGCCAUGGAUUUAUUAAUAUUAUUAUUUUCCGUGGUUGCGGUGGUCAAGGGGUUGCCCGUCGUUGAUAAGGGCGUGUUUGUGAUAACGGGGGUCAAGACUUGUGGGGGGAUGGGGGGUUACUGUAUUUUAGGGGGGGAUUGCACGGUUGACAAGGAGUUUGUUGCUGACGAGGACGGGCAUUGCGACGGGCUGAGAAAAGCAUUCACCCCACGUGCAUUUUUCGUCUGCUGUAAAUUGUUGGGGGGUGUGACAGACAACACCACAUCCACGACCACCCCCAUUUCCACCCCCACGACCACGCCCACCUCCAGCAUCUCAAUCGAAAGCGUGGAAGAGGAUGAGAGCAAGUCCGUUGAGGAACCCGGAUCAAACUCCAUCGAAGAUUUAGUAACCAUGACAACCGUGGAGGAUAAUAUCAUGACGACCACCACGGAAAUUAGCACAAAGUUACCGGAGUUGGUUACCAUGACAACGAAAUUAUUGGAUGUUACGACUCUUACACAGGAAACCACGGCAGCUAUGACAACGACGACCAGCACACCCCCUGGAAAUAAUAACAAAACGGAAACCAUGGAAACCACGGUCGUUGUCACGGAAACGAGUGUAAACACCCACACGCAUUACAGCUCGUGUCUGAACAAUCGGAUUAAUCGGCUGGCUGCCAAGUCCACCACCCAGCAAAUCUGCUGGACUGGGGCCCUAACCCGCACCCCCCUGAACAACCACACCCACCAGAACCACACCCCCUCAACCACGACCUACUCCGACCCGGGAACAUUCCUCUGCUCCGGCGCACUGAUCUCCUCCACGAUUUUGGUAACCACGGCAACGUGCGUGUCACGAUUAUUCGGGCAGGAUCUAAAACAGUUUAAAGUGGUGCUCGGAAGUCGGAGGUUGAUUCACCCGAUGAAUGGGUGGUCCCAGGGCUGGUACAGGGAUGUGGAAGAAUUAGUCAUUCAUGAGGAAUAUGGGGUCUAUGGGGGGGUGGUCAGGGUCAAUGAUGUUGCGAUCGUGAAGUUGUCACCACCCUCAUCGCCGGGGGAGUCUUUCUGCACCGUUUGCUUGGAGGACACGCCCAACUCGGAUCACUCCGGGGAGGGGUGCAUCGUGUCCGGAUUCAGCCACCCGACGAGCUCCGCGGCGGUCGUGGGGGAACCCUCCGACCUCCACGAAGCAGAGCAGCUCCUCGAGUCCCCUGAAACCUGUUCCGCGGCGCUCGGAAAUUACUCGAAAAACAUUUCCCCCCAUUUUCGCCAUGAUUUCAAAGAGGACGGGCUUUUGUGCGCGAGCGGGAAGCCUCAGGCGGAGGCUUGUUUUUCUCCUCGCGACGCAGGAUCUCCGCUGGCGUGUCCGGAUUCGGGUGGGUAUCGCCUCGUUGGGCUGUUUUCAAGCGGGUUCCACUGCGGGACGAAGAGCAUGCCGGUUUUAUACACGAAUGUGGGCAGUGGGGGGUUACUCCGGUGGGUCAGGAGGUUUUUGUAAUAAAUUUGUGAUUUUAGUGUGGGGA